AUGUAAAAUCAAGUAUAAACCUACGCUUUUCCCUUGAAGCAAAAACUUGAAGAGGGCAAAUUCACUGUUUGCAGUGUUGGAGCUGGAUAUGUAGGAUCAUUAACAUCUAUUAUAUUGGCAGCAUAAUAGCCUAAUCUUAAAGUAAUCGUCUGUGAUGUGAAUCAAGACUUGAUUAAUAGCUGGAGUGAUCAGAGAUACCCCUUUUACGAGCCUGAACUGGACAGAUAAUUUGAUAUUGCUGUUAACUAGAACAAAAACAUCAAGUUUACUACAAAAAUUACCGAUGCCAUCUAGGAGUCUGAUGCAAUAUUCAUUUGCGUAAACACUCCACCAAAGAAAGACUUAAUCAGUGGAUUGGGAAAAGAAUCAGACAUGAAAUACUUUGAUUUAGCUUGCUAAACAAUAGCAUCAAUGGGAGACCCUAAAAAACACAGAAUCUUGAUUGAAAAAAGUACUUUCUAAAUUUAACUCAAUAUUUUAGGUACUGUGCCAGUUGGAACUCACAAGCGCAUCCAUGGAAUAUUAUCCUAAAAGCUUUCAAACCCUGAUGAUUGCUAUACAAUUGUGUCAAUGCCUGAAUUUUUGGCUGAAGGUGUUGCCAUUCAAAACUUACUAUUCCCAGAUCGAAUCGUAGUAGGCACACCCACAGAUAAAAAUGGGAUGGAGACAUUUGAAGUUAUCAAGGGAAUAUAUAGUAAUUUUUAGACAAAAUUCAUUCAUGUCAAAACAGCAAGUAGUGAGCUUGGUAAACUUUUUGCAAAUGCAAUGCUAGCUUAGAGAAUUUCUUCCAUCAACUCGAUGUCAUAGCUUUGUGAGACAACCGGUGCUUCCGUUUAAGAUCUCUCCAAGAUAGUUGGAUCAGAUAAGCGAAUCGGACAGUACUUCUUGAAUGCUUCACCUGCCUUUGGAGGAAGUUGCUUCGAAAAGGAUCUACAAAGCUUGGUUUAUAUUUUAGAAUCUCUUGGAUAGACUGAUUAAGCUAUGUACUGGUCGUAGGUACUCCAUAUGAAUUAAUUCUAAAAAAGGAGAUUACUUGAUAUGAUAAUUUCAGAGUUUCCGAAUCCGUCUGAAACGGUUUUAACUAUUUUCGGCUUUGCUUUCAAGAAAAAUACAUCAGAUACAAGAAUGACGCCAAUUGCAUACUUUGUGAAUGGAUUGAUAGAGAAAGGUUUCUUUGUAAGAAUUCAUGACCCCUAAGCAAACGAAAGAGGAUUUUAUCUCGAGAUGGAAAUGUAAGGAUUCGACAUCGCUGAGAGAUUUAACUUCUAAUUUUGUGGAUCAGAUUAUAAUAAGGCUGUUGCAAAUUCUAAUGCAAUAAUUAUCGGUACAGAAUGGGAUGAGUAUAUUACAACUAACUAUAGAAAUAUAAGAGAUUAAAUGAAUUAAAGUAGAGCAUUAUUCUUUGAUUUGAGGUCUAUUGUUGAUGAAGAACCUCUAAAAUAUCUUGGCUUUGAAAAAGUAUUUAAACUUGGAAAUUGA